AUGAAGACUAAUCCGAUGUCAGAAGUUGGUAGUCAACAACGACAGCAGCAUACAAUGGAUACACCAAGUAACACUGGAUGUAAUCAAUCUAAUCUGAAUGAUUCAGAUUCUGAUCGUACUUCGCUACCAUCAAUUCAUGGAUCAAAUUACAUUAACAAUCUGUUUACGUUUCAUCUUUGUCAAAUUGAUCCAAUUUAUGGAAGCUUAUUUUCAGAAUUAUGCAAUGAGUCUGCUUCUGUCGAUGUUAAUUCUACGAUGAAUGAUUUAGAUUUGUUAGUGUUACGAUCUGAAUUGGUUAAUCGUAUUGUGAAAUAUCUAACAAAUGGUAGAAAUGUCCAUCCAUUUCCUAUUGGAUCAUGUCUUCUUGGCUCAUCAAAAAAUACUUCAACUAAUGUAAAUAAAAUGCAAAAAUCUCUAACUACAGAUUGUACUAAUGCGAUGUCAAAUUUAUCUUCAACCAAUAUAAAUAUUGCAAAUCAGUCAGGUCAAGGAAUAACAGACCAAAAUGCUAGUUAUUCAGAUUGGAUUGCUUGUUCAGGUAAUAAUAAUAUUCAGAAUGAAGAAAUGGUUAUUCCAUUCAUUUUAAAUGUUCGUCUAGGCAAUUGUUCAACAUUAAAUUAUCCUGGCUUAUUGACAACUGUUCCAACACAGACUAAAUCUCAACACCAACAGCAGACUAGUCGAUCGUUUACUGCCGAUCCAUCUUCUAAUUCAUUUAAUACAUCUACAGUAGUAACUAAUACAAGUACCGCUGACUUUGAUUUUAAAACACCUAGUGAUCCAGAACAAUCUUAUACUAAACGUAAUAUUAGUCCUGAAUCAGUUUCACAUAAUGCAACCAUAGCACCAAGAUCACAUUCUUCUGCUCAAAGAAGUGGUCAGUCACCAGUAUUCGGUUCCGAUCGACGCCUUUGGGAUAUUCAAAUAGAGUACUGGUCGAUACCUAGUCAGACUACAACAAUAAGUAGCAAUAGUCAAAUUACUUCAAUGUCAUCGUCGUUUUCAUCUGCGAAUUCUGUUUCAAAUAAUAUCAAUACUAACAGUGCUCUUUCUUGUCCUACAAGUCCACCAAGUACAACAUCGGAUCCUGUAUCACCACCGCGACGUUCUACUGUAAAAACUAUAUCGCCUGGUUUGGUCGUUACGAUAGAUUCGUCAUCCAAUACAACUGGUUCUAUGUUAUCUUCGCCACAUCGUAAUGGUGACAUAUUUAAUUAUGGUAUGGAAUCCCAUUCUAACAGUUUAGUUUAUUCACCAAUUCGUCAUGUACAAAUCAAUUUAAAUCAAACACAUACUCAACAUCUCGCUCUUGGAUUAUGGACAAAGGAAAAGAAACAAAAAAUUAUGCUUAUCGGUCGUAAAGGUAAAGAACUUAACUGUCGUUAUGAGUUGAUUACUGGUAUUCAACGUCUUUUAUGUACUGGACGUUGUUGUAAUCUGCAUAAUACCAGUUCAACUAAUAAUACUGAACGUUCAAAAGAUACAGAACCCAGUCAUCAUCAUCAUUCUUCAUCAGCCGGUUUAAUAUCAGAUUCAAAUGUUCUAUGCUCUCCAGAUUAUAAAACUUCAAGUACAAUAUCUGCAUUAGGCUUAGCUUUGACUGGUGGUAAUGCUAGUAAUUGUGGUUUUUCAGGGUUUACUGUGAACAAUAAUCAUAUGAUGAGAGUUUGGAUAGAUGGUGUUGAAUGGACUGAUUUAAAAUUUUUCCAAAUCACUCCAGUUUGGCGAACACAUGUAAAAUGUUUUCCAGUUGUUCUAUUGAAUGCUAAUCAGGCGGAUACAGCAACUCUAGUCAAAUAA